AUGGACGCCGCGAUCCUGCUCGCGCUCGGGCUGCUGGUCCAGGGCCUUGGCCUGUCCUUGGGGGUCCCUGAGUCCUGGAGGCCCAGCACCCUGCACCCCUGGCGCCGGGCCGGGGCACUGAGCCGCGUGCGGAGAGCGUGGGUCAUCCCCCCGAUCAGCGUGUCCGAGAACCACAAGCGCCUCCCCUACCCGCUGGUGCAGAUCAAGUCAGACAAGCAGCCGCUGGGCAGUGUCCUCUACAGCAUCCAGGGGCCCGGCGUGGACGAGGAGCCCCGGGGCGUGUUCUCCAUCGACAAGUUCACCGGCAAGGUCUUCCUCAACGCCAUGCUGGACCGCGAGCAGACCGACCGCUUCAGGCUGAGAGCCUUUGCGCUGGACCUGGGAGGGUCCACCCUGGAGGACCCCACGGACCUGGAGAUCGUGGUCGUGGACCAGAACGACAACCGGCCGGCCUUCGUGCGGGAGGUCUUCGUGGGCCGCGUGCUGGAGGGCGCCGCCCCAGGUACCUACGUGACCAAGGCGGAGGCCACGGACGCCGAUGACCCUGAGACGGACAACGCGGCGCUCCGGUACUCCAUCCUGCAACAAGGUGCCCCCGAGGUCUUCAGCAUCGAUGAGCACACAGGGGAGAUCCGCACGGUGCAAGUCGGGCUGGACCGGGAGGUGGUGGCCGUGUACAACCUGACCCUGCAGGUGGCAGACAUGUCCGGGGAUGGCCUCACUGCCACGGCCUCGGCCAUCAUCUCGCUGGAUGACGUCAACGACAACGCACCCGAGUUCACCAGGGACGAGUUCUUCAUGGAGGCCACAGAGGCUGUCAGUGGAGUGGACGUGGGGCGGCUGGAGGUGGAGGACAGGGACCUGCCAGGAUCCCCGAACUGGGCGGCCAGGUUCACCAUUCUGGGAGGUGACCCCGACGGGCAGUUCGCCAUCCGCACGGACCCCAAGACCAAUGAGGGCGUGCUCUCCCUGGUGAAGCCCCUGGACUUCGAGAGCCGGGAACGCCACGAGCUCCAGGUGCUGGUGCAGAACGAGGCCCCGUUGCAGGCGGCUGCACCCCGGGCCGUGCGGGGCCAGGCCAGGGUCACCGUGUGGGUGCAGGACGCCAACGAGGCCCCCGUGUUCCCGGAGAACCCCCUGCGGACCAGCCUGGCGGAGGGCGCGCCCCCGGGAACUCCUGUGGCCAUGUUCUCUGCCCGGGACCCUGACACACGGCAGCUUCAGAGACUCAGCUACUCCAAGGACUACGACCCCGAGGACUGGCUGCGGGUAGACGCGGCCACCGGCCGGGUGCUGACCCAGCGCGUGCUCAGCCCGGCCUCUCCCUUCCUCAAGGACGGCUGGUACCGGGCGGUCAUCCUGGCCCUGGACGAUGCGUCCCCGCCGCGCACGGCCACCGGCACGCUGUCCGUGGAGAUCCUGGAGGUGAACGACCACGCGCCCGCGCUGGCCCCGCCGCCACAGGACAGCCUGUGCAGCGAGCCGCACCUGGGCGCCGGACUCCUCCUGGGCGCCACGGACGAGGACCUGCCCCCGCACGGGGCCCCCUUCGUCUUCCAGCUGAGCCCCGGCGCGCCCGAGCUGGGCGGGAACUGGAGCCUGAGCCAGGUCAACGUGAGCCACGCGCGGCUGCGGCCGCGGCAGCCGCUCCCCGAGGGCCUGCACCGCCUGCGCCUGCUGCUGCGGGACUCCGGGCAGCCGCCCCUGCAGCGCGAGCAGCCGCUGAACGUGUCCGUGUGCCGCUGCGGCCCCGACGGCGCCUGCCUGCCCGGGGCGGCCGCGCUGCGGGCGGGGGGCCCGGGCGUCGGCCUGGGCGCCCUGGUCGUCGUGCUGGCCAGCGUGGCGGUGCUGCUGCUGCUGGUUCUGCUAGCGGCGCGGCGUGCGCGGGGGCGGCCGGCGAGGCGGGACAAGGCUCUGCUGGCGCAGCCGCACGACGACCUGCGGGACAACGUCCUCAACUACGACGAGCAGGGCGGCGGGGAGGAGGACCAGGAUGCCUACGACAUAAACCAGCUACGCUCUCCUGCGGAGCUGGCUGCGCCGAGCCUCCCCCUGGGGCUGGGACGGCCAGCGCUCCGCCGUGACGCCCCUUACGGCCGCGGGCGCCCCCUGCCGACCCGGGGGCAGCGCGCCAGCCCGGCUGACAUCGCCAGCUUCAUCAGGGAGGGCUUGGCUGCUGCAGACAGCGACCCUGGCGUGCCACCCUACGACACAGCUCUCAUCUACGACUACGAGGGGGACGGCUCCGUGGCGGGCACGCUGAGCUCCAUCCUGUCCAGCCAGGGGGACGAGGACCAGGACUACGACUACCUCCGGGACUGGGGCCCGCGCUUUGCCCGGCUGGCAGACAUGUACGGGCGACCGUGAGGCUCAGCUGGAGGGCACAGGGACCCAGAGCUGCCCCCAGCCCUCCGUGGGGUCUCCCGCGUCCCCACCUUCAUGCCCCCACCUUUGCUC